AUUGUCACAGUCCCCGGUAUCGUAUCAGUGCGGUGACAUCAAUGGCGCACUUUGGUCCGGGCAAGACAGCAAGCAGCAAGGAGCAGGCGGGCCUGCGAUAUCCAUCCAAUGGCAAGACCAUCUACCACCGACCACUGCACCGCACCAAGACGGCCGAGCUCAGCCAGGCCAGCUUCGCCUACCUCUUUUCCGAGAUGGUCAGCUACGCACAGCGGCGGGUAACUGGUAUCCAGGAGCUAGAAAAGCGCCUCAACAUCCAAGGCCAUCCAAUAGGCCUCAAACUGCUCGACCUCCUCCUCACGCGCGAACCGCCUCGCUCGCAGACGCGGCCCUUGACCAUCAUCGCCCUCCUUCACUUCAUCAAGAUCAACCUGUGGACGCACCUCUUCGGGCGGCAGGCAGACCGCCUCGAAAAGAGCUCCAACCCGGACACGCCCGACGAGUACAUGAUCAUCGACAACGAGCCGUUGGUCAACGCCUACAUCAGCGUGCCGCGCGAGAUGAGCCAGCUCAACUGCGCCGCCUACGUGGCGGGCAUCGUCGAGGGGGUGUGCGACGGGGCCGCGUUCCCUGCGAGGGUGACGGCGCAUAGCGUGGGCGGCAAGGAGGAGGGCGAGAUGUGGCCGGGGAAGACGGUGUUCUUGGUCAAGUUUCAGCCCGAGGUUCUGGAGAGGGAGGCGUUGUUUGGGAAAGGGUGAGCAGGCAUACAGCGGGGGGCGUGUGGAUUGCCGUAUGAGGGAAUCGGAGAUCCGGUGGGGUUCGGGGCAUUUGGGCUGGCGUUUGGGUUUCUUGGGAACGAAUUGGUUUACGGGUUUGGUCAUGGUAGUUGGUGUCACGUUUUUCCGCGUCCGGCUUCUAGACGGAGAUGCAAAAAUCACGCGUAUCCUAAUGUUGAUCGCUUGUCAAAUGCUAUGUCCAUAACGCCUUCCGUAAUCCUCCCAUAAUGCUUCCGGGAUGCUGACGAUACCCUUUACCUUCCUGAUCAAACGCCUAGCAAUGCCUUGCGAAAACGAUACAUCAACCCUUCCUCCCGCCCUUAGCGCGGCAAGCCCGUAUACCGAGGCCCGAAUCCACCCAUCCGUUUGGCUCCGCCGCGUCUCUUUGGCACAGCGGUUGGAGCCGGCCCUCGGGCCAUCAAUUCCGCAAGUCCCAGGUCCUUCCAAGCCGGCUCGCGCGCCUUCUGCGUAGCCUU